GGUGCAAGAACAAGUGGAUCAGUUAUAAAACCUUGUUCAUAUCGUUUUACACGUCUGACUUCACUGACUUGAUAAUCAAUUGAACAAUUACGAUGAAUUAGCAUAUAAAAUUGCAGUUAAUUAUUCUUAUUUAUCUUUUUACGUAUAUUUCAUUAUUUUUAUUUUAUUAAUUUUCUUUUUUCAAAAAUAUUCUUAUCCGAAACAUUGUUUAUUACAUAAAAAAUAUUGGUAUCCAAUUCAUUUAUCAAAUGGUUUACAAUGUUUGAAUACAAAUAUUGAAAUUUAUUAUGUUGAAAUCUAUUCGAAAACUUAUCAAUUAGAAAUACAAAAGAAUAUUAAAUCAAGAAAUUGUUUAGGUUUUCAUAUACUUUCUUGUUUACCCAUUGAUUAUUUCUCAAUACCUAAACAACAAAUCAUACGUCGAAAUGAUGAAUUAGUUAAAUAUUGUAAUCAUACACAACAAAUCAAAUGUAAUAAUCAUUCAUUAAGUAUUUUACCACAUGAAUAUAAAUGGAAUUUAAAAAAUAAACAAUCAAAUGAAUUAACUCAUUGUUCAUGUUUAACAUAUUCAAAUAAUAAUACGAAUUGUUUUCAUUUUAUGAUUAAUAAUGAAUGUGAUUUAAAACUUCCAUGGUUUGAUUAUUGUGUUAAAUAUUCAACAACCGACUUAACAUGUCAAGCAUAUGUUAAAGAAACUGAUAACUGA